GCGUCGUUAGUCGGCGGGAAUCGUUCGGUGAAUGAAGUGCUCUCGCGGAGCGAGACCGCGGAGAAAUCCACUCCGAAAAGUGCCUGAAGUAAAAUUUGUUCUUACCGAAUCGCGCACGCAUUCGUGACUCGAUGUCACGGUGACGCGAAUUUCCACGUUAAAUGUGAAAGCAAAUUUUUAUUUAUACACGAACGUCCGAGCCCGUGAUUCGCGAUAAAUUGUGCUGAACGAUUCCACGUGUUCGCUUGUGUUUUCAGGACCAUUUUUCGUUUUAAAAUCGAAGAAUCAAGCACGCGUUUAUGUAAUGUAAUCAGCGCAGCUGUCGCUGUAUGGAAAAAGUGAGCGAAUAAUUUUUCACCGUUACGUAUUAGGUUUAAUUGACAUUUGCGAGUGACUGGAAGAAUAGUGCGAUUCGAGAAGUGAAGACGAUUUUUUUGUAUGUUCGUUGGAAAGUUUUUUUUUUUUUUUUUUCAACUACACAGAGAUCUGUGAUUGCGCUUUUCCAAGUGAUUAACUUAUUUGGAAAUUGAUGGAUUGAUCGAGCCGGAGCCUGACGUACCAAUUUCAAACUUUUGACAGCUAAUUGGCACGAAUUGAAAUUGAGUGAAAGUGAUUCAACGAACUUCAAUCGUGAUUGGGAACAGUGCGUAGAAUGAAAAUUCAAAUCCUCGAUAUGAAUUAGACCCAAUUUUUCGAACUGAAAAAUUAUUCAGUUACAGAGAAAGUUAGAAGGAACAACGAGGCAGGUGACAGAGAGAGUGAAUCGUGUCGCUAAUUAGUGGUAACAAAAAAUGAAAUUUAUAAAACUGUUACAUCGUCUGGGAAUCGGAAAAAUCGAUGGUUCCGAAGUAUCUGAACAACCGAUAAAUCGCGGUUUCGAAUAUUCGACAGAUUCCACGUGUUAAUGGAACGAAUAUUGCUUCUUGUAUAGAAGAUUGGCUCGUUCAAUUUUUGAUUUUUGUGCUGAUUUCAAUCUGGGCUGCUCUUAUACAGAUAGGCUUGAAAGAAUCUCCUCAAGAGUAACACGUGUGAAAGAAUAAAGGGUGUAAUAAAUGUGGAUGAAAUCGAGGAUAAAUCGCCGUCACAUACGAAUAUCUCCGGUUCAACGGCAGAUGUUUGAUUACACUAUAGUGCGAGUCAUGACUAAUCUCAAUAACGAUUUCUACGGUAAAGUUCCGGCAUUUACUGCUGCAGACGUUGAACAGUGUUGAUAUUUUACGAGUAAAACGCAAGGAGGAAAAUGAAUUCAUCUUAUCUUUGGGGCGAUGACGAAGAAUGGGGUCCGAGGUACUUCUUCACCUACUACAGUCAGUUCGGUGAACGAAAUGGAGCCAGCGGUGUCGAGGUGGUUAUUUUGGCCGUAACUUUCGUCAUCGCCGUGAUUGCCAACCUGGGUAUCGCUGCCUGCGUUUUACGGUACAAGGAAAUGCGGACUCCAACGAAUCUCUGCCUCGUCAACCUUGCCGCAGCCGAUCUCCUCUUCGCUCUUGGAGUGCCCGCCGUUGCUUACACUAGGCUCACACAGAAAUGGAGACUCGGAGACUCUGUUUGCAGACUGCUGCCCUAUUCUCAGUUUGUAUGCGGUUUCGUGUUGCUCUGGACGUUGACUCUGAUAUCGAUGGACAGGCACAGAUGCCUGGCCGUUGCACCGUACAGAAGUGCGCUAACCGGUCCUCGAGUCGUUGCUGCAAGCCUUAUCACUUGGGUGAUAGGAGCCUCGUUAUUUUUGCCAGCCGCCUUCUGGUUCAAACCCAAGGAGGUAAACGGAGACGUUAUUUGUACGCUGAUAUUUCCAAGGAAUGAGUCUAUCAACGUCUCUUUGUGCUUCACGAUACCCAUUAUCAUUCUCGCCUGCCUCUUACCCAUGGGACUUUUGGUAUACCAUUAUCAACGGAUAUUUCAGAGAAUAUUGGACACCAGAAAUAGAUGGGCUGUAUCCUGUGUAGCGCAGGGUGUCGUGGAAGGCGGAACCGUCCGACGGGACUCCGAAUUGUCGGUUGUCAGUACGCUGGUUCCUUGGGCCGGUAGAAAAUUGUCAACAGCUUCGAUGUCCGGUCGGCAAGGACGCGCAGGAAGUUUGUCCCACCACGAAGAGAUUCGUUUGCACAAGCACCUUCGGGUGGUGCGAAUCCUGCUGCUAAACGUGGUGGCGGUUCUGGUGAUGUGGCUGCCGAUCACGAUAGUGAUGUUCCUGAUAUACAUCGACGGCCGUCGUCCCAAUGAGGACACGAACUUCUUCCUCAAGUCCCAUCACUUUCUUUGGGCGUUGGUUAUCGCCCAGUUGAACACCGUUGUCAACCCGCUGCUCUACGGCGUGUUUUCCGAAAACUUCCGGUCAUGCUUCGCCAAGUUCUGGGGAAGGGGAAGGAACAACGACCGGACCGGAAGUGGAGAAAGAGGAAGCGGCGGGACCGGAACUCGCAAGGGUGGAAGGUCGCUUGAGGCUCUUCAGGACAGAUUAGGACCCAGAACUCCUAGCAGUCUGCGAACCGGUGGCAGGCCACCCAAGAAGAGCUCGAGCUGCAGCAUCGGAAGCAUCAUCGAAGUCCCGAGCUCUGAAAAGCUCUAGGUAAUCCCCGUACUCAUUAAUCCCCGAAAACUUUGCUCACUGAUUACCGAAAUUGACGUGACGAGAACGGAAAUUGGAUUCGGACGUAAGUAAUUUUCGUCCUGCGGCAAAGUUUCUUACACGGCAGUGUCCUCGUUAUUAAAUCAGACGGUGCCAGUCGAUGUUUGUGACAUCACGACACGCUGUGCUCACUGUCAGGAUUUUCCAUGACAAUGUUGACUUUACGACCACGUGAAUUUGUGUUUUUUCUUGCGACUUAUUCGCAGUUUAUCUAUAAUUCGCGAGCCAAAUCAGACACGGUAUUGGCCAACUCGAUGUUGGAGAAAUUGUUCUAUUGUUAAUCAAUUUUUAAAUAUGUAUUAAAUGUAACUUGGUAAAUGUUCGCAAAUGGAAAUCUCCGUAUUACUGAUAUUGCAUUAGACCCGAUUUUUCAAAAUCUGGAUUUCUACCGGAAAAAUCACUUUCUGUGUAAUACAUAAUUGAGUCUCUGCUAGGACAACACCUAGGCUAAAUGAAUGGGCACUACGGCUGUUGAUCGCAAGCAACUUAGGAAUAAAGCGAUGUCAUAUAAUUCGAUGUCAGCAGCUGUCAUCUUGUACGUACAUGUAUAAUAUAAUAAUGUAUAUGUUAGGUUUAUAUCUGCGAUAUUUACUCAAUUCGUAACAUAUAUUUUUCGAAGUUAAUUACUCACGUCGCGCGUCGUGUGUAUAUUUGUAAGAGCAUAAAAAAAAUAAUUUAUUUUCAAAUUCUCCCCCUCCCACCAACUCCAUUAAAAUAAUACCCUCAACCUUUGUGGGAUGUACUGGAUUUUUUGUUUUUUUUUUAUCGUUUUAUAAAUACGAUGCUAUUAUGAUUAACCCAUGCGAGAAACUGCGAAGUAAUUACGCCUUUUAUUAUAGCGAUGCGUGGUUUCCACGUGAACGAUUUUAUAUCAUUCUAUACGAUUGUAUGUCAGGUUUACAAGUCAGCAAAUAGAAAAAAAAUCCAGCUUGUGUUCGACAUUUGGACAUAAGAUACUUUUCAUUUCAACUUUGUACCAGUUUUUCGUACAACUGAAUACUUUUUUACGCAAAAAUUGAAUCGUGAUUCCUUCGCGUGGAAUGACUGACGGGUGAAAUACAGGCACAAGACACUUACUUAUUAAAUAACUUAUCUGUACAUAACAGUCAUUGUAAAAUAUAAGAACAAGAAAAUCGUAGACUAAAAAUAUUCUGUCACGUUCAUCCGAAAAAAAAAACUCUUGUGAAUUAAGUUUCUUCUGACAAUAAGAUUAAAAGGCACAAGAACGAAAGUCCAAGAUUGCUGUAUCAUGAUGACACAUUCCCAUAUGAAUACUCUGUUCGUUUUAUGCUGUAAAAAUACUUCUCGUAAUAAUUUUCUCAAAGAAUUGAGUCGUGGUAGAUCUUCUCCUGUCCUUUCACAUUGAAAACUUGUUUUCCAAAUACGGCUGAAGAGUGAUUGUGAUGGGUAAAUCUUUUUUUAAAUAGAUGUCAACUCAGAUUACUGGACUUACAUUUUGUAAACUGUGUGUAUAAGUGUAAUAUGAGUGGAAGUUUUGAUCGACAUGUUUCUGCAUUUGUGUAUAAAGUGUACUUCUAUUUGGAAACAAAAAUAUUUAAGACCUUAGAUCCGAAUGGUAGGUGCGAGGUGACCGUAACAAAACUCAGACGACGUUUUCGUUGUACAAACACUU